AUGGUAGAACCAUUACAAGGUCUAACCAACAGGGCGAUAAUUUACUCUGCUCCCGGAGAAUCUUUAGAAACUGCAGUUGUUAGUCUUCCUGUUCAGCAGCCUGCUGAGGGAGAGGUUCUCGUUAAGCUAUAUUACUCCGGCGUCUGUCAUACUGAUGUAUCGUUUUGCAUGAAUGCACUUCCCGGUCUUCAGGUUCCAACUCCUAAAGGACAAAUCGGCGGUCAUGAAGGCGUCGGAACCGUCAUUGCUCAUGGCCCAGGAGUUACAUCGCCACCGAUAGGCUCUCACGUCGGCAUCAAAUACGUCGCCGAUGCUUGUCUGACUUGCGAUAACUGUAUUGAGGGCGCUGAAGCAUCUUGCUUGAAUCUAAAAAUUUCCGGAUAUUUGACCCCGGGAACUUUUCAGCAAUAUUGUAUUGCUACAGCAAGAUAUGUGACACCAAUUCCAGAUAAUUUAGAUCUAGCGGCAGCAGCACCUCUGAUGUGUGGAGGCGUCACGGUUUACACGGCAUUAAGAAAAGCUGGACUUCGGCCUGGUGAUUGGGUUGCCAUCUUUGGUGCUGGUGGAGGGCUAGGGCAUCUUGGAAUUCAAUAUGCGAAAGCAAUGGGUGGCCGAGUCAUCGCGUUAGAUGUUGGCUCGAAGAAAGACUUCUGCUUCAGUCAAGCCGCAGAUGAAUUUAUUGACGUCACUCAAUUCGACGUGGAUGAAGAUGUUGCCGCCAAGAUCAAGUUGCUUAGCAAUGGCGGCGUUCGUACUUCUCUGCAGUGCACAUCAAGCAGCAAGGCGUAUACUCAAGCCUUUUCAUCUUUAUGUUUCAGAGGGACGUUGGUAUGCAUCGGAGUCCCUCAAAAUCCUCUCUCGUUUGCUCCAAACCUCUCAGCUAUGGUUGGGCAAGAACUAAGGAUUAUUUCUGCCAAAACCGGCAACAGAGUCGAUGUCAAAGAGUGCCUUAGUCUUGCAGCAAGAGGUUUCAUCAAAUGUCAUUACCAGAUACGAAAAAUGAACGAAUUGACAAAUGUGUUUAAGGAUAUGCAGGCGGGCUUGAUUGAGGGCAGAGUUAUCCUCGACUUGGAGGGAGUGUAG